UGGCGCCCAUUUGACAUGGCGCUGGACCGCGUUGAGAGUUUUACAAGUAAUUUUGGCGUAUUUUUGUACUAAUAAGGUGACGCGUGAACACGUAAAUAGCAAUGCAGAACGAAAGCUCUCCGCGCGAUAAGCGGCCUUUGUUCGCGCAAGGCGUCAUAUAUCCGUCGCCACCAGCGUCGCCGUACCGGAGCCCGAAUGGCGGGCAGCAGCAGCAGCAACCGUCCUACGCGCCGAACUUCUCUUCACCAAGUCAGACCCACUCAGGUUCUCCAUAUUCCUCACCUAGGUUCAGCACUCCCAUUUAUGGCCACCACCCCAGACAGCCAAAGUACCCGAGAGAAAGCUACGGUUCGCCACGAUCGCCGUGGCAACAUCAAGGUUACCACGGUUAUCCACCACGCCAACGUUUUUCUUCUAAUCGGCUGUCUUCGGGCUCUCGAGGAUCCAGUUGGUCCGGAUCGCCGUUCCAGUCGCCCCGUGACGGAGCCAGCAGUGGUUCCAAGAGCUAUGUCAAGCCAUCCAUGGUCGAAGACCCGUGGGCAGAGCUGCAAGACAUGCUUCAGGUCAAGAAAGGUCAACCGGGCAAUGCUUCCGCAAACACGACCACGGAAGAGUCACCUGCAAAGACUGCGUUCGACGUCAAUGCACCACAGUCUGACAACAGGGAGCAGUGUACGGCUGACACUGGCAGUAAACACUUGGCCGAAGAACCUGAGCUAACUGCAGACGAAAAACAGUGCUCUUAGCAGCAGCCAGAGACUGCUCUUGUGUUAAGUGCUCUUG